AUGCAAGCGUCACCUGUGACAAGAGUGAUGUUCCAUGGCCACCGAAUACAUGUCAAGAGAGAUGACGUUUUUCAUUUGGCAGGAAAUAAGAUGCGAAAGAUGUUAUAUUUGAUCAAGCAAAGUGAUGCAUUCUAUACUAAUGCCCAUAUAGUUAGCUACGGAGGAUCUCAGAGUAACGCCAUGUUGGCACUUGCUCAAGUGGCCAAUGCACGACGAGUUCCUUUUACUUAUUUUAGUCGAAAACUGCUGUUUAAACGGGGUGAGAUUGACGAGAUAGAGGGGAAUUUGGCCAUGGCCAGAGCAUUGGGAAUGCGUCACGUGGAGCUUCACACUGAUGCGUAUCAUGAACUAGUGCGGACUCGAGACUUUACUACGUUUCUAGACGAUAAACUGUGUUUUCCACCGGGUACGAGGAGUUUGUACGUGCCACAAGGAGCAGCAUGUUUGGAAGCUCAGGAUGGCGUGAAGGUGCUGGCGGAAGAGAUUAACGAAUACGUUCGGAUGGAAUGGCCCGACAAAUUGUUUUCGGUUGUCGUGCCCUGUGGUACGGGCACUACGGCGUUGUACUUGGCACAACAUCUACAGCCAGAGAUUAAGUUGUUUGCAGUUCCUUGUGUGGGUGAUGCCACGUACUUGCAGCAGCAAUUCCGACAACUUAUCGACAAAGAUCCGUCGUUGCAACCACAAGUGACAGUGAUUCCUCAAGUACUCAAGCCAAAGAGAAAAAGUCGCUUUGGACGACUGUGGUGGCCGCUAUAUGACAUUUACCAUGAGAUACUGCAAGAGACGGAGAUAGACUUUGACCUCGUGUACGGAGCUUUUGCUUGGCAUACGUUAUUCUCGGACAAAAAUGUGCUAGAUGAGGUGUUGCAGGGUGGCCAUGAAACGAGUGUGGGUUUCACCGAGCACAAGUCUGGUGACAAAGACGUACGGGAGCUGCUCUAUAUUCACACGGGAGGCACAUCCGGCAAUGCAGCCAUGCUCGCGAGAUAUGGUCGCAAGAAUCGACCAUAG